AUGGCCACAGGUGAUACCGCGCCGCCUUUGGCACUGUCGAGCCCGCCCCCGCCCUUGCUGGACAACAGCCCCAGCAGCGUCUCGAGCCCCCUUAGCGAGCCCGAAGACAAGGACGGAUAUGGCGACGAGGUGGAUUUAGACAUGCGCGACCUCAGCGAUGGCCACGACGCCCCGAAUCGGAAUGGUACCCAAGGCGACCCCGACUCUGACGCCGCCUCCGAGUCGGACGACGAAAGCAAGCUUUCGGAGGUGGACGUUAAUGAUUCAGAGGCCGAGACAGAACGCCUUUACGAUACCCCGCCAAAGAAUGGCGCGACACGCGACAUGUUGAAUACGACUGGUGAGGGGAAUCGGCGAUUUACAGACCGCCGAGACCGAAUUUUCGAACGAAGCCCGAGCAAGCUACACCAACAGCUGCGUGCCGACAUUGAGACCGGGGACGUGACUAGCAGUCACAAUUCAGUCUCCGAAGGAGAGGACGGAGAGGACGACGACGUGUCAAUACCCUCCAGCGAACCUGAGGUGGACUCGGCCAAAGAGCCUCGGCGCCGGGCGGCCACACUGGCCAAGAAGAGCCAGACUGCUCCCACCAAAGACGCGCCCACUUCACACCCAAGAAAAAACUCGGCCGAUUCUCGGAAACGGAAGCGCUCCUCUGCGACCGAGCACUCGGAAUCCGACCAGCCGCUGAAAAAGCGGACCGGUUCGGUUAGCGCGGCCGACCAGGAGUCUCCCGACGAAGUUGCUAUGGCUGACGACGACGGUCUUUCGACAAAUCCACAAAGCGGCAACCACACUGCUGAAGAGGACAACGAAGAAGUUGUCGCUACGACGGAGGCUAAGGAGGAGCUUCCCGACACGGGCGAUGAAGACCUCGUCGUGUCAACUAGGUCCCGGAAAGGGAAGCGCAGUCCGACGAAGAAGCAAAAAAGCAAAAGCCCAGGGGAAACCACAACGAAGGAAGAAGCGCCAGACGAACCUCCAGAAGAUGCCGACGCGCAAAGCCUAGAGGUGCCCACCCCGCAAGCCGAGGAUGACCACGCCGACGAAGUCGACGAGGAAGCCGAGGCAGCACACCGUAACGAGGAAGAGUGGAUCGAGAAGCAGUUUAGCAGUUUCCGAGAACGAUUAUACCAGGAACGGCUAGAGCAGCUCAACCAGGAAGAGGCCAUGCUUACGAGCGACAAUCCGACGCACCCCGAAUAUCUCGCGAUGCUCCAGUGCCUUGAGGAGCGGCGGGCGGAGAAAAUCAAGAGGAGCGGCCUUGAGUUGCAAUUCAAAUUGUCGGUCCUCCGACACCGAGCAGUUGCGGAGCGUGCGCAGAUCAUGUCCCAGUUCUACCAGGCUGUGCGCGAAUCGAGAGACGAGACGGUGACAGAGCUGGGCGAAGAGUGGUACCAAAUUCAACAAGAACGCCGGCGGGCGGCGAACACAAUACCGGACUAUGGGAUUCGAUUUCCCGCUACGAGGCAACAAGCCCUUAGAGACGCCGUCUCUUACAACAGGGAAGUCUCGAUUCUUUCCGGCUUCGCCAAGCACGUCGGCUUCCCCGCGGCACCAUCGAUCAACGGCGCUUCCGAAGAACAGAUGGAGGCGGAUUUGGAGGCUAUUCAAAGCAUCCGUGAGCCAAUACUGAGGCAGGCAUCAAACCAAGCGGCCCCCUUCCGGCCGGAAUACCCGGGAGGUCUCGCCUCGUUCGUACAAGGGCUUGGUGCCGCCGGCGAGCAGUUUAUUGAACAAACGCCGUGGGCAAACCCGAACCACCCAUCCCACCGGGCGCAGCAGCCACAAGCGCACCGUGACAACGGUUUCCAGCCCACGUUUGCCGGCCCGUCGUCGGCGCCGAAGAGGCAUUCGAAUCAACCGGGGGGUUUGUUCUCGUCAAGCACGACUACCAUUCUUAACGGCGAUUCCCCGGUACAAGUGUCAAAGGCUCAGUCGCCAGUUGUGCCCGAGUCGUCUCUUAAGGGGAAAAUGGGCCCAGAGGCCCUCAGGCGAGAGCCUGUCAUUCAUGCAUCUUGA